CAGACCAGACGCCAGGAGGGAGUUUUCCACUGACGAAAAAGGUUGCGCUUCUCGGCAGUCUGUUACAGACAAGGGAAGCGCUUCAGCUGGUACGGAGCCUCGUACGACAAGACAGACAAAAGCAAAAGCGGUCUACGCGAGGAUAAGCGCAAUUGUGCCACUUGGAUUACUACUGUUAUCCCAUCGGCUGAUUUCCCAACAUUAUUUUUCACUAAUGGUGAUCGGAUACUUGAAUUCGUGAUUGUCCACACUAACGCCAUGAGUGGGCUUCUCAAGAGGAAGUUUGAGGAGGUGGACGAGGACCCAUGCUACUUGUCACCCUCACCCUCCUCCCUCUCCUCCUCGGCCUACUCAGGCUGGGACUCGGAGGGUGAGAGCUGCUAUUCUGACACCCUGGAUUCCACUCCCAGCAAUCCCAGCUCCCCAGCCACAAAUUUCAACACCACAUCCAUCCUGAAGAAAUCUAAGAGGGCACGGCGGGGCAAUGUGACCUUUGACCAGGUGACAGUGUUCUUCUUCCCGCGAUGCCAGGGCUUUACCAGCGUUCCCAGCCGAGGAGGCUGCACCCUGGGCAUGGUGCAGCGUCACAGUGCACUCCGCACCUAUACCUUGGCUGAGUUUGCAGUGGAGCAGCGGCUCUUGCGCCGGGAAAAACUUCUCAACAGACUCAGGGAAGAGAAGUUGGAAGCUCUCAAACUGAAGCUGACUAAGAAUGGAACCCAGGAGUGUGAGGAGGCAGAGCGGCUGACAGUGGAUGACAUCCCUGAAGAGGACAUUGACCUCAGUGGGGCCAACCUGGACGAGGGCUCCUUCCUACACCCGUACGCCUCUAAGCGGCGUCAUGCACUGCUCAAAGCAGCUGGUGUGAAGAAGAUCGACAAGGAGGAGAAGAGGCAGCUGCACGAGCUGAGGAUCUCCAGGGAGAACUGUGGUUGUGACUGCCAAGGUUUCUGUGAGCCAGAGACCUGUAGCUGCAGUUUGGCUGGCAUCAAAUGUCAGAUGGACCACUCCUCUUUCCCAUGUGGCUGUACCAAGGAUGGCUGUGGGAACACCGAGGGUCGCAUUGAGUUCAACUCCACCAGGGUACAGACACAUUACAUCCACACCAUCAUGAAGCUGGAGCUGGAGAAACGGUUGGAGGAGCACUCGAGCACAGAGGAAGAGAACAGGACUGAGGCCAGCCAAGCCCAGACAGCCCAGUGUAGUCACCCCCAUGGGGCACUGGGGUUACCUUCCCAGGCAGAGCACCCCACCAUACCUGCGGGACCAUCCUUCCCCUUUAGCUCAGAGCUGGCUACAGCCGGAGAGAACAGUUGUAGCAGUGACAUGACGGACUUGUCAGACUACUCAGGUCAGAGUGAGGACUCUGAGGCAGGGGAGAGCCUGUGUGAGGAGCGCACCCAGCUGGAUGUGGAUGAGAGAGGCCUGAGCCGCAUCCUCAGCUUCAGUGACACAGACGACUGCUCACAAAGUAGCAGGGGGAAUGGGGACAAGAACAAUGUCAAUAAAGACACCUGCUGCCCAGAGCAACGGCAAGAGCAGCAGCAGCCAUCAGCGGCAGCAAUUGGUAGCUUUAGCAUGGUGGACUUCCCUGAUGAGAACGACAACAUAGACGCUGCACUGUUAGACUCUGUAGAUGAUCACACAGACAAUCGAGCCAUGGCCAUCUCAGAACUUUUGGAUGAGAAUGCCAACCAGGGUAAUGCUCUGUUCCAUAGCAGUAGUGUGCCACACACACCCUCCCCCUCCAUUGAUCGCUCAGCGAGCUAUAACAUGGAUCUGAGCCUCUCCUCAGAGUCAGACCUGGAGUUCUUUGAUGGUUUCCCCUGCCUGGGGCCCAGCUCACUCUACAACUCCCUCAAGGAGUACGAACACAUGGACAACUUCUUUCAGUUUCAGUUGCCUAGUUAUCCCAGCCUCCCUCAGGCUAGUGACCCCGGGACCUGCCUUCUGGAGUCUCUGAUUGGCCUCUCAGAAUCCGUCCCAGAACCCCCUGCCGCUUUUACAGACAAUCAGCUGUUGGAGGAAGCCAUGAAAUUGUCUGUGAUGGAGUCUGUGAAAGUUUAACAAAACGUGAAAAUGUGGAGAGUUUAAAAAAAUAAAUGGGGUUUUGGGGUUUGUAAAUGCACAUAAGAUGUCAAUGUAAACAUGUUUGAUGUUGGAGGAAGCUGUGAUUUCCCUCUUGCCUAAUUAAUGUUUAGAUUCCAGACUUGCCUUCAAAAUGUUAGCAAAGCAGUUUGGGGAUGUUGCUGUGAGACAUGGCAGCUAGUGUUACAGUGAACGACAAAACGAUCAAUUUGACCACCUGAUCUUAGGCCCACAUAAACCAAUGAUGGCUCUCAAUUCCUAAGAAAGCUAUUUCAACCAAACUUAGAUCACCAUCCAAAAUAUGCUAAACAGGCAUCAACCUUACUGGGGCAAGGUUGGGAAUCUUAACACAGCUGAAUGUGCACCUCAGGGACUUUUUUCUAGCUUUCUAACUUUUGGAGGCAAUGUAUGGUGACCAUUGCUGUGAUGGGUAUGGUUUUGCCUUUAUAUGAAACCCCGGUCAAAUCACAAGAUGAUCCUAUUCAUGACCUCCGUAUGAGCUCAAUACUUAGUCCCAAAUGACUUGAGUUAGUGGGGUCUUCCUUGAGCUGAAUCCUGAAGCUAGAGGACUCUGUCUCCCAGGGGUCUUGUAUGGUACAAAAACAAAUCCCUCUAAAAGCUCCUUGAUCAGCACUUUAUCUGUGAAAAUAGUUAUGUAUAAAUAAAUAGGCAGUGUUUUGGUUAUAUGGGAUCGAUUCAGCAGUUAGAUGCUAAAUUAUGGAGCUUCUUAUUUAUGAGUUGGGUCACCAGAAAUAUUUGAGGAGUAAUGCUCUUUAUGUAAAGGCUGUAGCUAUAUUGUCUUUAUUACUUUUGUUUUAAAUUAUUUCCUUUAUGAUUUUAUUUUAUUUAUUUCAGAUAAAGCCUACUUUCAUUCAAACAGCACUGUGGUUUGAUAUUUUUCACCUGAAAGUGCAAUCUUUUCCUUCCUUUUUUCCAUAUCGCUUCAAGGCAUUGUUAUGGGAAUUGGGACCACAAGUCCAUCAAAAAGUAUUUAAUAUCUAUUCUCUUAUACAUUUAACAUUUUUGGUAACUUAUUUUGUCAUUAUUUCAUUAGGUAUUUAAUUUAAGACAUUUUGGCAAUAAAAUGGGCUGUUGUGAAGUUUACUGGAUGUGCCUGCUUAUCAGGGGAGCCAUGCCUGUGUGCACAGUGCUUCCAUUUAAGCUUUGGGACUGAAAACUGUGGAAUCUCCCUAAUUACUGAAACUAAAUUAUGGGUCUGUUGUAUCACUGCCUAAUGUAACCAUAGAAAAUUACACUAAUAUUUUGUAACUAAUUUAUGUAGGUUGAAAAAAAGAAUUCUAAUCACUGACAAAUUGAUUAUUUUAUUAAGAAAGCAAAAUGAGUAAUUUUCAAUCUCGGAAAAACCUUUGUAAUAUAUAAAUUAUAGAGAAAUGUAUACUUAUGAAGGUUAUUGCUCUCUAGCAUUCUGAAGUAUUUUUCAUAGGCAGUCUUAUGGUUAGAUAUCUUAGCAAAAUGCCACUAAAACUAAAUAAAUUGCAAAGAUCAAUUUGAUUGUACUCAGAAUUUUUUGGGGAAGUCUGUGACUUGGGUCACAUUAUGUUGUAAAUUAAAAAAGUAGAGGGUUUUUUGUGGAUAAAAACUGCAUAUAUUAUACAUUUUUUAUCACAUGCAAAAAAACCUGAAAGUUGAAAGAAGUUGCCUCAUUAAAUAAUAAGACCUUUUUAAAGGUGAUUCUACCGUCACCAGAGUUGAGGGACACAAGAGAGUUGAUGUACAUAUCUCACCCUUUCUACAGCUGUUUCUACAGCCAUUCUGGACCCUUUAGGAGUUAUGCAUGCAGGUCCCGUUUGUUAAAAGUUGUUCCGAUUUAUUGUAUACUUUGAAAAGUGCAGAAUGCACAUUGGAAAUGUAUUACUCGCUUUUUGCCUUUUUGAUUACUUUGAAAUCCAUCCGAUGUAUGUUCUUAUGCCAUGAAGAGGGCACUGAUUUUUGCAAGUAAACAUUUGUUUCUCUUGUAUAAAACAUCAAUUCUCAUGAUGAAAUGGCAACAGUGAGUAUUUAUCAAUGUAAUGUAUUACAGUACAGCUUUUUUUUUUCAAAGAACGUGUCUUACUUUUUUGCCUUUUGUGUUGUACAUAUUUCUGCUUGAAUGGUACCGCAGAGCAAACAAAGCUGCUUUAUUUUUUACAUAUUCACACUUUAACCUGCCAUUCAAAAACUGUUUCUUUCAUCCAAGCCAUUUUGACAGCUUGUCCCUCCAAAUAAAAAACAAAAAAAAAAUUCUU